AAAAGGGAGACGAUAUGUUGCGGAAUAACGGGAAGCAUAGACUACCCGGGGCGGAUCGUGGGAGGAGAUGACACGGCACCUUGGGAAUAUCCUUGGAUGGCUGCCCUUCUCCAAACGCCUUCCAGUAGAAGACCGUUCUGCGGCGGAUCCCUCAUUUCUCCCGUCCACGUCCUCACCGCUGCUCAUUGCGCGAAACUUAUUCUCCCAGACCCAACAUCUUUUCGAGUCCGGAUAGGGGAGCAUAACUUUGACAGAGAACUGGAGACGGAAUAUCGAAAUUUCCGAAUCGAACGUGUCCACGUUCAUCCCAAGUACACAGUUACCGACUUCGCCCUCUACAACGACCUGGCUAUUCUUGAACUGAAUAGUUCCUGCAUGAGCAAUCCUCGAACUGUCUGUCUCCCCCAUGAACCGAAUGAUUUUCGAAAUCAUGAGGCCGUCGUCAUAGGUAAGGGAUUCCAUUGCUUGUCUCGUGCCUUUAUCUCGUCUUCCCUCCAGGUUGCAGAACAUUCAAGCAGAUCGAAGCAGAAAUGCCCGGGCUGGGGUGCGUUGAUGGAAGAGGGGAAACCAACACACACACUCCAAGAAGUCAAUGUUGACGUCUAUCCGCAAGAGAAAUGCAAGGAGAGCUACCACGGAAUCACGGAUACUCAUCUGUGUGCAGGGAUCCAGGAGAACGGAGGGAAGGACUCGUGUCAGGGGGAUUCCGGAGGACCUUUACACGUGAAUAUGAAAGGGAAAUGGGUUCAGGUGGGGAUCGUCUCGUAUGGGUCACUGGAUAACGAAUUUGGAAUCUUGUCACGCAUACCGGACAGCCCAGAAAAGAUGCUAACUUGGUGA